UGAGCAUCCUCAGGACAGCUCAAACCGGGGAGGGGUUGGGGGUGUCCUCCACUCGAUUUAAGAGCCUCGCCACACAUUUGGGACGCUCACUUCUCAGCUGCACUUCCGCCUCAUCUUCAUCAACUUCUUCUCGUCCUGCAGCAUCCAAAACACUCCACAGGAUUAUUAUUAUUAUUGUUAUUAAGACUUUUUGUGUCUUGACACCCAGUUUUUCCUGCAAACAUGAUGUCCUACUUGAAGCAGCCACCCUACACGGUGAACGGACUCAGCUUAUCCACACCUGGAGUGGACCUGCUACACCCUUCGGUGGGCUACCAAGCCACACCACGCAAGCAGAGGCGAGAGAGGACCACCUUCACCCGGGCUCAACUGGACGUUCUGGAGAACCUGUUCACCAAGACCCGGUACCCAGACAUCUUCAUGAGGGAGGAGGUGGCCUUGAAGAUCAACCUGCCUGAAUCCAGAGUCCAGGUAUGGUUCAAAAACAGAAGAGCCAAGCACCGUCAGCAGGCCCAGCAGACCCAAAGCGGCGUGCAGAGCAAGCCGGUGAGCAGCAGGCCGGUGAAAAAGAAAGCCUCCCCGGUGCGGGAGGCCAGCUCGGACAGCGGUGCCAGUGGCCAGUUCACGCCGCCCUGCAGCACCUCUCUGCCGGCUGUGAGCAGCAGCACGGCCCCGGUGUCCAUCUGGAGCCCGGCCUCCAUCUCGCCUCUACCGGACCCGAUGUCCACCUCCUCGGCUUCCUCCUGCAUGCAGCGCUCCUACCCCAUGACCUACAGCCAAGCGUCGGGCUACAACCAGGGCUACUCCUCGUCCUACUUCACCGGCAUGGACUGCGGCUCCUACCUGUCGCCGAUGCAUGCACACCACCACCAGCUGUCCGCAGCCAGCUCCGCGAUGAGCCCCAUGGGCGGCGGCGGCGGCGGCGGAGGCGGCGUGAGCAGCCACUUGAGCCCGGCGUCAUCGCUCUCUUCGUCGGCGUACGGCGCAGCAGGGCUCGGCUACGGAGGCACCGCGGACUGCCUGGACUAUAAGGAGCAGACGGCGUCCUCGUGGAAGCUCAACUUCAACGCGGACUGUUUGGAUUACAAAGAUCAGGCAGCGUGGAAGUUCCAGGUGUUGUGACGCUUCUUCGCCGCGGAGGAGCGGGCCUCGGCGGCCUGAGACUCUCUUCUACCUCUGGCGAGCAGAGCGGGACUGGUCGCCCCCACUUCUUUUGAGCAUUCACACUCCAAUUUUGAUCAAGGACAUGGAACUUGCAAGAAAAAGGAGACAAGGAGCAGGAGCUUUUUUGGGGGGUCAAGUUUGAUUUUUCUUGGAAAUAAAGCUGGCACAUGAAUGUGUGUGUGACCUCUGACAUGGAUGCACUACUUUUAAUUUAUGAGAAAUAUGUCUAAGACUAGUUAUAAAAGACAAUCAGCCCCUCUGCCCCUUAUUUUUAGUGUCCCUUUAUAUGUCUUUUUUAAAUGUUAUUCCAGAUUUUUCUUGUCAUUUUUCUGUGUACACACAACUGUGUUUUUUUAUUUACACAUAUCAUUUCCCUGUCUUUGCUGUCAAGUGAUAAAUUAUUCUACAGGAGUAUUAGUUGAAAACGGAAUAUGCAGGUUAAACCAAGCAGGCUGUAUUAAAAGGACACACGCCGUCGUAAUAUUGAUAAUAAUAAAGAACCCAACUCAUCAAGACUGUUUGCAUGUGUGCUUAAAAACCAUCUGUUACUUACAUCAUUUGUUUUUUACCUCUCUAAAAUAGUCAUCUGUUUAUUUUGAAUUUGUAAAAGCACAUCACAUUUAAAGUUUGGCCAACACUGGCCGGAAUGUGAAGUUAUAAUCCCGUAUCAUGAAGAGGAUAAUCCCAUAUUUCUUUUUAAUGGAAGGCCGCUCAAUUGGACUGGAAUGAGUUUUGCUGCUGAGGGGCGGGGACACACACACACACGCACACACGCACACAGAAACACUCAUACGUAUUUUUUGGGGGGGAUCAGGGCACUCACACAACCUCUCAACUCUUAUCAAUGAAUCUGAUCUCAGAUGAACUAAUAGGAGAUUGUGCAGUAAUCGAUAACAUCGGUUCCAUCUGCACGUUGGGAUUGUGGAGGAGGUGACCCACCCGGACCCGUGCAAGGAUUAAAAGCGGAGGAGAGGCUGGUGCUAUCGCUCUAAUUAGGACGUGACAAGAGCUUUGUUGUCGUUUGACCUCCAAUUAGCAGCCAAUGACACACGGACCUGCAGAGAACACUGUGCUCUUUGUAUGAAAAAACUUGAAAGUGUGUGCAAAACUGACCGAGACGGCGAAAACGUUGAAGCAAAUAGAAGCUGAAGAAUAACGAGGUAGAGCCGCCAGAGCUCUAAAUCCCGCAUAAGGACUUUGGAGUGCUUGUAACAGCUUCCUUCCUGAUGUAUGGGUCCAAACUGCAACAAGUUCUGAUGGAAACAACGUCAGCAAAGAGCAGAAAGUCACAGAGGUCCUGCAGCAUGAGGACUUGCCCCACCACCUCCCCCUCGCCCUCAGUAUCCAUUCGGUUUUAAUUAAGCACAAGCAGAACCAGAGAGGCCAUAUGGGCCCGCCAGACGCGCUCCAUUAAUCCCCUCGUCGCUUUUGAGGAUGUUAAACAAAGUAAGAGGCUCGGAAGCUUCGUCUUGCAUGGUCGGCGUGCAUAUAUUUUUUGGGGGGAGUCCCCCAGGCAGGGCUUUCCCAAGCGCAGACAAGAGAAUCCCAUGCAGGAUCCCCGCCGGCGUGGAGGCUCUCCAUCACACUUUACUUAAAAAAAAAAAAAAGUAGCAUCAGAGGAAUUAUUAGUUGAUCCAAACCAAUUAGUUGUCGUUUUUACUACAACUGCUUGAACACACAAACCAACAGAUUAUGGUUCUCUUGGAUAAUGACUUCAGCAAGGACACACAAACAAGAACAAAAACACGCAGCAUUACGAGAAAGACGCUGGAACGUUAUGGGGGGGGAAUCAGAACAUUGCAAAAAUAAAGCCAUGUAUUGUUGGCCAAACUUAAAAGGUGACUUUGCACUUUUGCACAUAUUCUAAUUGUCAUUUCACUAAAGCAUUCUUACCAUAGCAUUUCAUAUUCAAUCACCGUAGCCUUUUUUCCAAACUUGUAAAUAUAUCUGCUUUCCUUCUACAUUUUGACGGUAUUGCCCUAAAUUCGUAUGAUCAAAAACACAACAACUUGAUUCUUGUACUACAAAGACAUUGUCAACAUAAAACAAACAAAUUACAAAAAA